AUGUCCUUUACGGUGGUCGUCAUGAUGAUUCUGCUCGGCCCUUCAGUGGUGAUUGCGUUUGUCUUGCAGCCAUCCAAGGAGGAAGCCGCAGCCUCUGCUAACUCUCCGGUUUCCCAUCACAGGUGCCAGGGCGAGUCAUUGGAGUCCAUCAGGAAGGGCCUCCUCGGGGCUCUCAACUUGCAGGCCGAGCCCCAGCUGCCUGCUGGUGGACUUGACGGUGUCAGAGAGCAAUGGAGGACCUUCAUCGGCACCGCUCACCGAGCCAAGGACACGGCAAUUCUAGCGGCCUCUGGCAACUCUGUGUCGCCUGAUGUUGGAAACAGUACGAGCCUGAAGUGCUGUUCAAAGGCCUCUGAGAUCUUCAUGAAAGAUCUGGGAUGGGACAACUGGGUCAUCCACCCUACCAGCAUUACCAUCGUGCAGUGUGCACCCUGCCACCCCCAAGGGAACACCGUGCAGUGUCCACCACCCCACGCCGAUCCCCAGGAUGCUGACUCACAGGUGCCGUGUUGUGAGCCCAUCGCUCAAGAAAUGGUGCCGGUCAUCUACGUGGAUGAAUUCAGCACCGUGGUCAUUUCCUCCGUGCAGCUGACUCGCAGCUGCGGUUGUAAACCCGGCGACCUCCAGCCGAUCCGCGGAGAGUAAAAAUGUGUUUUUAUAGUCCUGAGUAUGUGAGACACCUGGGGAACAAGCAAACAAAUGAAAUACAGCGAGUUUUGGAUAAUACAUCACAUGCGGGCCUAUCUUCUCUCACGGCACUUAUCUUAGACCUUUACAGUGUGUAUUCAACACAGAGCGUGGGAACCAAAGCAAAUUCUCCUCAACAGAACACUGUUGUGCAUUCCCGGUUUCUCCUUUCUAAACAGGACGUUCCAGCGCGGAUCUGUUUAGUCGGCCAAGGAAGAAACUGAUCAAUUAGAAUUGAAGUGGAACUGAUGACGCUAUCUAAAUGACACGUUAUUCAUCUAAAAUUACAAUCUACACUUGCUGUUAUGUUUCAUUCACCGUGAACCGAAAAUUCAGUUUUGGAUGUAUUUUUAAACAUGCAUUUCUGUAGAUAACUAGUAUUAAGAUAUUAUGAAGUAUUUCUCUUGCACCAAGAGCUGGAAGGGAAGUGCAUCUGACUGUAAGUGCCAGUUUAUCUUUAAAUAAAUGUGUAGAGCGCUAUUUAAAGCUACGAACUGUUACCGAGUGUUCGCUUUCAUAAAUGUAAGACUGUGCAGGGUGAAAUCCUGAUGUCGCUGCUUUCAGUUCCUCGUAUGAGCUAGAACUCCUUUUAAUCCCCAAAAAGUAGACUUCAAAUAAAACAAAUAGUUUUCCUUAAUGUGUAAAUGUGCUAUAUGUUUGCCAUGUUGAGGGAUAAACCUUUUUUUGCAGAGAGAGUAAUAGGAGAUUGGGAUAUCCAGCUAAACUCAUUGCAUCUACAACACAACCACAUCUGUGCUGUGCUUUUCCAUUGGCUGAGCUCUGUUUUCAUGUUUUUACUGGCAGAAAAAGAAUGAAGGCCCUGCCAACCUAAAAAAAACUGGAACUGUAAAAAAAAAAUUAAAUAAUAAUAGUACUUUCUCUUAUACUUAAAAUAGCCCAUUAAUGAAGAUCAAAGCCUGGCUGACAGUAUCCUGACAUUUUAUUUUCUUAUGUGCUUUUAUCUGCAUUCUUAACAGCAGCAUCCUUAUUUCUUUUUUCUUUCCCUUAUAUGUCUCUUUGACCAUUUAUCAUGAUUAGUUUUAGUUUGUCAUUUUGUUAUUUGACUUUACAAAGUUACGUCACCAUUCACUUUUCUUUUUUUUCCACAAAUAGACUAAUACUUAUUAGAGUGAUAUAUCACCUCAACUCAUUCAAUACAUUUAGAGCUAAUGUUUGUGUGUGUGUGUGUAUGCUUAUGACAUUUAUGCCAAUCAUUUGUAUCAACUUCA